AUAGUGUCAAUUUCUUCUGAUUUUGGCACACCUUUUGCAAAAUAAUCUUCAUAGCGCUAAAUAUGUGUACCAAAUACGUUUUAUUCCAGUAAAUACUCUGUUUAAUCGGUUUUUUGGAUGGGUAAUCGCAUCGGCGUAGAGCUAUCCAGAAACCAUUUUAGCGGAUACGAGGAGCUAAAUGUGGUUAUACUAGAUGAAAAUAACGAAUCAAAGUUACACGUCCAGACAUUAUCCGAAAAAUGUGCGAAGUUCAUGGAUGUAAGUAUCCAUACUUCGCUCACUGGGCAUACUACAAUGUACACACUGAAAAUGGCGAAUCCUGACUUUAAACUCUGCAAUGACAAGUUCAAAGAAUAUUAUGGUAUAAUCAAACAGAUUUGCGUUUUUGGCGACUUAGCUUUGAGUGAUUUCAAACUUGAUCCAGAAACUAAAGUAGUAAAAUACCGAGAAGAUAGACUUAGCUUUCGUACAAUAGAUCUUUUAACAAGUUUGGAUCGUUUGAUAUUUACAAAUGGUGAUUCAAAUGCCAAUGAUGAACAUUCAGAAUGUAAUCUUAAGCUUAACUAUCCUAUCAUCUUGGUGUUACUUGAUUCCAGUGUAACUUACUACUUGGUAGAUGAUAGAGAGAAACAAGUCAAAUUUUUGGGUAAUUCACCCAUUGGACCAGUUUCACUAUUGUCACUCUUUAAACUAUUCGCCAAUAGAACAGGACAAAGUCAAAGGAACUUUAGUCUAGACUACAUUAUCGAAUUGGCAAAAUCGGGUACAAAUACCAACUGUGACAUGUUAGUUUCGGAUAUUUACGGAGAUGCAUAUAAAGAAAUGGGUUUGCCAGGAGACCUACUUGCAUCUACGUUUGGAAAGUUGCAGUUCUCUGCAUCUAACCAAGAUAAUUCAGUGCACAGAAAUACUACUUUUGAGGACACCAAGGAUGCAAAUACAUCCGGUAAACCUUUAGACGAUAUUAAAGAAUCACCGGGAAGUACAGAAACAAACUUGCAUGGAGAUAGACACAACAAUAUAAAAGCGGAGGAUUUUGCCAAAUCAUUAACACUCUUGCUAACGAUUAACACAACUCAUAUCGCAUAUCUACAUAGCCAAAUCAACAACUCAACAAGGAUGGUAUCAGAAUUUACAUCGCACCGUAUACGAGGUCUUUAUCACAAAUUCUUCAAAAGAUCAUUAUGGACGCUACCAGAAAUACCUCGUAUUCAGCCUGCGCAUUGUAGGAAUCUCAAUGAUCCUGAGAAUCUCACGAGAUACGUGGAAGAACUGGCACUCGACAAAUGUAACGAUUUAAGGCUAAUCAGAGAAGCAAGUCUCCUAUUAAAUGACAAUUCUAAUAAGUUAUAUCCGUUACAAGUGGUUAGGUGUCUCAAUGCCUUUUCAGUGCUAGGUUACUCUGAUGAGGCCGUACUAUCGUCUGUUAUCGCAAGAGCCCAAGAACUAACUGAGGAAGCAUCACCUAAACGUCUAUAUGAGUUAUUGACUUUGUAUUGCUCACUAAACCUAUCGCACUUUACGAUUUUGAACCCACUAAUUGAAAAACUGAAGGAAAAGAUGAACAACUACUCUCUAGAAUUGUGUGAUAUUUGCAGAAACGUGUCUAGCCUCAAUAUCACGGACAAGGUUCUGAUUGAAUCUUUAUCCACUCAGAUUGAAUUAAAGAUUGAUGACAUCGGAAGAAGAUACGAAAAGACCAUGGAAGGAUUUUCUAGGCUUAGGACAUUUAGUUCCGACAAGCUAGUGAAUGCAUACAAGGACGCUUCUAUAGAAGGAUUAUCCCUGAGACAAAAGUUAUAUUUACUUGGAAUAUCUGCAAGACUGGGAGAUGGUAGACACAGUGAUAUAGUGGAUUCAAUUAUGAAAACCUUUGAAGAUAAUAAACCUUAUUAUAGUACGGUUUCUUUGAUAUUGAUCUUGCAAAGAUCAAUAGGAGUCACUUCUUCAAGACUUUUAAAACUCGCCUUGGAUACCAUGGAACUAGAUAUGAACAAUGAGAUGUGUUUAAGCAAACAAUUUUCCUACUGGAUACUGAUGAGUGCAAUAAUUGCUCAAAACGGUUCAGAAAGGAAGACCAUAAUCGCAGUGCUACGACACAUUCUAAGGACGAAGGACCUGCUACUUUCACAUACCCAAAUGAUCCACCUUUUGUACUCUACAGCCCUACUCUCACUUGAUGAAGAGGUUGGAGAUGUUUAUGAAGGGCUACUCAGCCAAGUAAAGGCCAGCUGCAGGAAGUUAAACAUAAAACAGCAGGGAGCAUUGUAUGAUUCUUUACACAUUCUAUCAAAGUAUGAUCAAAACAAGGAUCCUAUCCUGGAGAAAAUUCUAGAAGAUAAGAUUCCGUCGUCCCUGCCGAUAAUGUAUGAUGAAACCUCCAAAUUCAAAAUAGGUCACAUUGGCGGUAGAUCAUUCCUAUAUCAAGCGGUAGAUAAUGAAAUUAAAAGUAGAGUCGCAUGUAUUAACGAGUCGGAUGUACUAACAGUAGUGGACAAUACUGUCCAAACUGUCCGGUCCCCUACUCUUCGUUUGGACCUGCAGGUCUCUGAGAGGCUGCAUGAAUCGGCAGAAAUAAUCUAUAAAGACGUAAAAGUUGUCAUCCCAAAUAAAAAAUUGGCCGAAGUAUUGACGUGAAAUGCCUCUGAAUCCGCCGGGCGUCUUGCGGUUACCACCACAUGGAACAUCAAAUUCAAAGGCAAUGU